GCUCGUGUGUUCUGCGCCCGCCGAGGCGGUGCCGAGCCCGCUGGCUCCUGAUUGUCCUUUGCGGCGGCUGCGGUCUCUGUCUCUUUGCCUCCCGACCCGGGGCUGCAGGGACCAGAGCGGUCGCGCCUCCCGCGGGCCACGGCUGCCCAGAGCAGAAACGGCCUGCUUGAGAUAUAAAUCUUGGUGGACAGUGUGGCUGCAGGCCACUGGACUGGAAUUCUCCGUGGCUUUCUAAGUGGCGGGUGUCUGGGGUGUGCUGUCCCGGCCUGUGGCGUGCAUCAUGCCAGCCUUGUCGACAGGAUCCGGGAGCGAUGCAGGUCUGUAUGAGCUGUUGGCUGCUCUGCCAGCCCAGCUGCAGCCACAUGUGGAUAGCCAGGAAGACCUGACCUUCCUCUGGGAUAUGUUUGGUGAAAAAAGCCUGCAUUCACUGGUAAAGAUUCACGAAAAACUCCACUACUACGAGAAGCAGAACCCCAUGCCCAUCCUCCACGGCGCAGCGGUCUUGGCCGAUGACCUGGCCGAAGAGCUUCAGAACAAGCCAUUAAACAGUGAGAUCAGAGAGCUGUUGAAACUACUGUCAAAACCCAAUGUGAAGGCUUUGCUCUCUGUACAUGAUACUGUGGCUCAGAAGAAUUACGAUCCUAUAUUACCACCAAUGCCGGAUGAUAUCGAUGAUGAAGAAGACUCAGUAAAAAUCAUUCGUCUGGUUAAAAAUAGAGAACCCCUGGGAGCUACCAUUAAGAAAGACGAGCAGACUGGAGCCAUCGUUGUGGCUAGAAUCAUGAGAGGAGGCGCUGCGGAUAGAAGUGGUCUUAUACAUGUUGGUGAUGAACUUAGGGAAGUGAAUGGGAUUCCAGUCGAGGAUAAAAGGCCUGAGGAAAUAAUUCAGAUUUUGGCUCAGUCUCAGGGAGCAAUUACCUUUAAGAUUAUACCCAGCAUCAAAGAGGAGACUCCAUCUAAAGAAGGCAAGAUGUUUAUCAAAGCCCUCUUUGACUAUGACCCUAAUGAGGAUAAAGCAAUUCCAUGUAAGGAAGCUGGGCUUUCUUUCAAAAAGGGAGAUAUUCUUCAGAUUAUGAGCCAAGAUGAUGCAACGUGGUGGCAGGCAAAGCACGCGGAUGAUGCCAAUCCCAGGGCAGGCUUGAUUCCCUCAAAGCAUUUCCAGGAAAGGAGAUUGGCUCUGAGACGACCAGAAAUACUAGUUCAGCCCUUGAAAGUUUCCAACAGGAAAUCAUAUGAGGAAACAGUUGAGUGUGAGGAAAUUAAAGAAGAUGCUGAAUAUGCUGGUAACCACAGUGGAACGUAUAUAGCUGGUUUUAGGAGAAGUUUUCGUCUUAGUAGGAAAGAUAAGAAAACAAAUAAGUCCAUGUAUGAAUGCAAGAAGAGUGACCAGUACGACACUGCUGAUGUGCCCACAUAUGAGGAAGUGACGCCGUAUCGGCGGCAAACGAACGAAAAAUACCGGCUUGUAGUCCUGGUUGGUCCCGUGGGAGUAGGUCUGAAUGAACUGAAGCGAAAGCUGCUCAUCAGCGACACCCAGCACUACGGAGUGACCGUGCCCCACACAACCAGAGCAAGAAGAAGCCAGGAGAGCGAUGGUGUGGAAUAUAUUUUCAUUUCCAAGCAUUUGUUUGAGACGGAUGUACAAAAUAACAAGUUUAUUGAAUACGGUGAAUAUAAAAACAACUACUACGGCACAAGUAUAGACUCCGUGCGGUCUGUCCUCGCUAAAAACAAAGUUUGUUUGUUGGAUGUUCAGCCUCACACAGUGAAGCAUUUAAGGACCCUAGAAUUUAAGCCCUAUGUGAUAUUUAUAAAGCCUCCAUCAAUAGAGCGCUUGAGGGAGACAAGAAAAAAUGCAAAGAUUAUUUCAAGCAGAGAUGACCAAGGGGCUGCAAAGCCUUUCACAGAAGAAGACUUUCAGGAAAUGAUUAAAUCUGCACAGAUAAUGGAAAAUCAGUAUGGUCAUCUUUUUGACAAAAUCAUAGUAAAUGAUGACCUCACAGUGGCAUUCAAUGAGCUGAAAACAACUUUUGACAAAUUAGAGACAGAGGCCCACUGGGUUCCAGUGAGCUGGUUACAUUCGUAACUAAGGGAAACCCCCACGGUCAGCGUUUCGUAGAGUGCAUGAUGAAAUCAGUUACUGUCCUGGUGGCAGGGUUUGUUAGUCUAUGUCACUGCUGUAGAUGUGCAGUCUUGCUUUAAAACUGAAUGUUGGUUUUGUUUGUAUCUUUCUCCAGCCUUACUUCAAGCACAGUAUUUGAGUAGAAGAUCCAGAAUCAAAAUUUGCAUAGUACCAUCUUUUGAGCAGAGCUUUUGAACCUUUUGGUUGUCUUUAACAUACAGCUGUACCUCCAAGAGGAGGUUGGACUUUUCUGGGAGAAACAGCCAGGGAAUUGAUACUGGAGUUGUGCUUCGUUGGGUCUCAGAUGUGGUCCCUCCAUCAAGUCUGGAAGCUCACAGCUGAAGGUAUGACCUUCACAGCCGUGAGCAGCUCCAGGCAAACAGGACAGCUUUGCCGUUCUUCGGAUGGGUCACUGGGCUCACUGG